AUGGCUAGCAUCAUUACUCGUGUGGGUAAUAGCCGGUGGCAAAACACACCCUUGCCUCCUUGGGCUUAUUCCAUAUUGAGGUUCUUGGGGAGGAGUCGUCGUCCUUUAAGGGUCAACAUGACAGAAAGAAACAUGAAUUUGUUUUCCGGCAGGGUACCAGCCCAAGGGGAAGAAACCUUUGAAAACUGGCUAAUCCAAGUAAAUGGGGUCCUGCCAGAUUGGAAUAUGCCUGAGGAGGAGAAGCUCAAGCGCCUGAUGAAAACCCUUAGGGGCCCUGCCUGGGAGGCCAUGCGUUUGCUUCAGACAGCCAACCCAAGCCUAAUGGCAGAUUUCUUGCACACAAUGAAUUUGGUGUUUGGGGAGUCUGAAAGCAGUAUCACUGCUCAUGGUAAAUUUUUUAACACCCUGCAGGCACAAGGGGAGAAAGCCUCCCUUUAUGUGAUCCGUGAGGUACAGCUCCAGACCGCUAUUCAGGCAGGGAUCAUAGCUGGGAAAGAUGCAAACGAGACUCGCCUGCACCAGCUCCUUUUAGGGGCUGAGAUGAAUGGGGACCUGCGCUAGAGGCUGAAGCGUCUUCUCAGGAUAUAUGCAAAUGAUCAGGAGCAUCUUCAAUUCCUGAAGUUAAUCAAUAUGAUAAGGGAGGAGGAAGGUUGGAAUGACAAUUUUACGAAACAGAAGCGGACCAAGAGAUCUGAGCUAAUCAUGGAGAGGGCCCCAAGCCCAGGUUCAGUCUCCUUAUACCAGUGGUGGUUCCGGGUAUAA